AUCCUAGAGAUUAAAAUGACAAAGGGAUCAGAUUCAUCUUCAUCACCUGUUGCCGCGGAAACAAAAAAAGAAAAAGUGCAUCGUCCUGUACUUCCAAAACCUGUACAACCUGUAGGACUUAACGGUUCUUCACAGACAACUAAUAAAACAGGCCUUGUUAAUCAAAGGCUUCCUUCUAUGGUUUCUAAUCUCAUGACAGCAAGCGCCAAGCCAGGACUAUCUCAAAUUAAAAAGAUGCCUGUGCAGCAGAAAAAAAUGUCCGGAAGUUCGGGUGAUAAUGCAACCAAAGUGCGAAAUAUAUGUUUGGAAAAGUUCCAAUCUCUCUUCGCUAAAAAAUAUAAUGAACUGAGCGAAAAAGGAGAAUUACAAAAUACACAAGAAGGGCCGGAGCAACUAGCUCAACGUCUUGCCCGGCGUAUUGAGGAAUCUAUUUACGAUAAUUUUGCCGCUAAAACUGAUAAAGAUGGUUUGG